AUGCUGCACAUAGCGCUGCCGAUAGUCCUUAGCAACCUCCUCGCGGUCGGUAUGCAGCUGACGGACAUCGGCUUCGUGGGAAGGAUCGGCAAGACCGAGCUCGGCGCGGCGGCGCUCGGAAACACCGUGUUCUACCUGCUGCACUAUCCCAUGCUCGGCGUCAUGACCGCGAUCGAUACCUUACUCGCCACCACCUUCGGCGCCGGUCACAUGCGCGCGUACGGGGACUGGACCGUGACGAGCCUCGUCGUGGUCACCGCCCUCACCGUCCCGGUCAUGGCGCUCAUGAUGGUCGUCGAGCCCAUGCUGAAGGGCAUCGAGCAGGACGACGAGCUGAGCGCCCUGGCGGGCUCCUUCUGCGUGCAGCUGGUGUGGGGCAUACCGCCGUACUACUGGUUCCAGGUGUACACCAAGUACCUGCAGUCGCAGCACAUCCUCGCGCCGCCCGUGUACAUGGGCAUCGUCGCCAACGUCUUCAACGUCAUCCUCAACUGGAUCCUCAUCUUCGGGCCCGCGAACAUGGGGUUCAGAGGCGCGCCGAUCGCGACGAGCGCCUGCCGGUGGUUCCAGCUGUUGUUGGCGCUGGCGUACGCGGGAUGGUGGAGGACGCGGGACGCGUCGACGCGGCCGAGGCGGUGGCUCAUGCGCCGGGACAAAUUGUUAAAGUUGACGCGCGGGUUUUGGAAGCUCGCGGGCCCGGGCGCCGUCAUGCUCCUCAUCGAGGCGUGGAGCUUCGAGAUCACCACGCUCCUGGCGGGAUACCUCGGCACCGUCGCCCUGGACGCGCACCUCACCAUGCUGCAGCUGGCUACGCUGGCGUUCCUGUCGCUGCCGUUCGCGGUGGCCAUCGCGUCGACCAUACGCAUCGGGAACCUCCUGGGCGCGGGAGACGCGCUGCGCGCCGAGGACGCAAUGUACGUUACUUUCUUCAUCUGCUUCGCGUUCAUGGCCGUGUGCGGCGUUGCGUUCGCGGCGGCCGCGGACCACCUCGGCCGCGUCUUCACCAACGACCGCGAAGUGAUCGAGGCCACGGCUAAGAUUGCGUACAUCGCGGCGCUGUUCCAGCUGGUGGACGGCGGGCAGGCGGCGGCGGGUGGGGUUUUCCGCGGGAUGGGCCGGCAGGUGACCGUGGCGGUGCGUAACCUGUUGGGUUUUUGGGUGUUUGGGAUACCGAGCGGUUGCGUGCUGACGUUCGCGCUCGGGGUCGGGCUCGCGGGACUGUGGUGGGGGCUCACCAUCGGGCUCACCAUCACCACGAUCAUAUCCGUGGUUGAGCUCGUCAAGGUGGACUGGGCGCGCGAGGUG